AAAUACAAAACUUAAUGGUGAGUGGCAACAUGUAGCAUGGGAUGGUUCGUUAGCAGGACGGAAACUUCUCAACUAACGUUCUUCCUUCAUUCUUGUGUGUCGAAGUGUGUGUUUGUGAAUGUGGGCUUCGUAGAUAAAUUUAUAAUCCAUAUUAAUCGAAGGAAACAAUAAAAUAUAAUAAUGGCACCCCGUAAAGGAAAGGUGAAGGAAGAACAGCCCGUAGUUGCUCUUGGACCUCAAGCUUUGGAAGGCGAAAAUGUUUUUGGUGUUGCUCACAUUUAUGCCAGUUUUAAUGAUACAUUUGUCCAUGUAACAGACUUAUCUGGGAGGGAAACAAUUGCAAGGGUUACUGGUGGAAUGAAAGUAAAAGCAGAUAGAGAUGAAGCUUCUCCAUAUGCUGCUAUGUUAGCAGCCCAGGAUGUUGCUGAAAAAUGCAAAUUGGUCGGAAUUACUGCAUUGCACAUCAAGCUAAGAGCGACUGGGGGAACAAGGACAAAAACACCUGGACCUGGUGCACAGUCAGCAUUACGUGCUUUGGCACGUAGUGGAAUGAAAAUUGGAAGAAUAGAGGAUGUGACCCCUAUUCCAUCAGAUACUACUCGCAGGAAAGGUGGACGACGUGGUAGAAGAUUGUAAACAAUCAUUUAUUUGUGAAUAAAGGGAAAAAAUAGCUGUUAUUGUUGUUUUAA